AUGUCCCCCAAGAACACUCCAGAUCCCAAGACCCUCGGUCGGUCCUCAGGGUCUAUAAAUGCUCCCAUUGCAGCAUUCGCCAUGGCCCUGAUCCUAGGCUCUUACUGCAUCUCAUCUAUUCGCACUGCACGACGCGAGACCCAGGGGCAGUCAACCACGACACCAGACGCGCCCACGCGACGGUCGUUGGGUGGGAAGGACUCGUGGGUUCAGCAAGCGCUGGAGGAAAGCCAAACGGGCAAGGGAGGGAAGGCGUGA